AUCCUUUCUGUCUAUUGCUGAGAGGGGGGAGCCAGUGGGGAGGAGGUGGAGAAGACCAAGAGGAGGGGUGGCGAUAGGAAGGAGGAACAGACAUGGCUUCUAAAGAGAUCACUGCCUCUGGUUUCGUCAGUGUAAGCAAGGAUAUCACAGAAAGCAUCAGGAAGAUUAUUGAUAAAUCAUCUAUCAAGUUUGUUCGUGGCAUUAAGCUUGACACCAAAAAUGGCAAAACAGAGGACAGGAUACUGGUCCUCACAACAUGGCGUCUCUAUUUUCUGGCGCCAAAGAUUCCUGCUAAGGUAGAAUCCACAUUCAACUUCUUGGAGAUUCGAGCUCUGAAUUCUCACCCUGAACACCAGGUUGUCAUCGAUACUGACAAGUCCAGCUACUCCAUGAGGUUUGAGUCACGUGAACACCUCAAUCAUGUGGUCAGCCAUAUUAACUUCGCUUUGUCUCGAAUAUUCAGCAACUCAAUUUUUGCCCCUUCCAUCUGUCAUUCAGACAGUGACCUUUCAGAGGGCAGCAGGAAGUAUUCACCCAGCUCAGAGACUUCAGUGGAAACCCAGAGAGCCUGUGGAGGCUUCUCAGAGACCUACGCCGCUUUGUGCGACUAUAAUGGCAUCAGCUGCAAGGAGGAAGUGCAGUGGGAUGUGGACACUAUCUAUCACUCCCAGGACAACCGAGAGUUCAACCUGCUGGACUUCAGCCACCUGGAGAGCAGAGAUUUAGCGGUGAUUGUCGCAUCAAUAGCAUACAACACCUGGUUCACUAAACUGUACUGCAAAGACCUGCGCAUAGGGUCAGAGGUCACAGAGCAGGUCCUGCAUACAGUCAGCAAAUCCUCUAGCCUGGAGGAGAUCACUCUGGAGAACGCUGGGUUAAAAUCAGACUUCCCCCAGAAGAUGUCAGCUGCUCUUUCGGAGAACCCUGCCUCUGUCAUCCAUUCACUGAAUUUGGCCCACAACUCACUGGACAACCAAGGUGUGGCCAACUUAAUCCAGCAGGUGUGCCGCCUCAGCAAAGGGCUUCGUCUGCUCAACCUCUCUAAGACCUCACUCACCUCCAAAGGAGUGGUGUCUCUCUCUCAGGCUUUGUGCUCCAGUGAUGAGUACUCCAACUCCCUACUGCACCUGGACCUGAGCAAGAACCCUGGGGUCCUCUCGGGCGAGGAUGCCUCGAACUUGUAUCUCUUCUUGUCUCAGCCCAACUGCCUGGUCCAUUUGGAUCUGUCAGGCACAGAUUGCUCUGUGGACUCACUAUUUGGGGCUCUUCUGAGGGGGUGUUGCGCUGAUCUCUCCUUUCUGAAUCUUUCCAAAAAUUCCUUCUCUUACAGAAGAGUGAAGGACACAUUGCCGUCGUUCCGUCAGUUUUUCAGCUCAGCCUUCAGCCUCACUCAUGUCAGCCUGGCCUCCAUGAAGCUGCCGCCUGAUGUUCUGAGGGCUCUCCUAACAGGGUUAAUCUCCAAUCCUCAUAUCAAUGACCUUUAUCUGGAUAUCAGUGGCUGUGAGCUAAGAUCUGCAGGAGGUGCUGUAAUUCAGGAACUUUUCCCUAGAGUCUCCUCUAUUGCCACUCUGGAUAUCUCCGACAACGGUCUUGAUGCAGAUUUGCUCACAGUGCUGCCAGCCCUCUCCAGGCACCCCUCACUCAAACAUCUACACCUGGGCAAGAACUUCAAUAUCAAAAACAGGGUUCUGGAUGAAGUCCUGCAGAAGCUGGUUCAGCUCAUACAGGAGGAGGAAUGUGCCCUACACUCUCUGUCCCUGACAGACUCACGCCUGCGCUCCCGGGGCACCAUGCUGGUCAAUGCCCUGGGCAGCAACACCUGCCUGAGAAAAGUGGACCUGAGUGGGAACAACAUGGAUGACAUUGGAGCUAAGAUGCUGAGCAAAGCCCUGCAAAUCAACACUACACUCAGGAGUGUGACAUGGGAUCGCAACAACACCUCUGCAGCAGGAUUUCUCGAUGUGGCCCGAGCACUUGAGCAUAAUUUCACCUUGCAGUACAUGCCUCUUCCCCUAAGUGACAUCAGCCAUGCGUACCGCAGCGCCCCUGAGAGGACAGAACAGGCACUGACCAAGAUCCAGCGUGCUCUGGUGAGGAACAACCAGACCCAGCGUUUCUCCCAGAGACAGGCUCUGCGGCUACAUCAAGGUCUGGUCACGAGCACCGCCGAACAGGUGAUGGAGCGCCUCUGUGUACGAGUCCAGCAGCAGGUGUGUAUAUUGCGAGGUGUCGGGGAGUUGGAGGAAAUUCAAGCUGCUAAACAAGUGCUAAAAGAGGCCAGGAACUCCCGCGCUCUCUACCCUUCACUGUGUGAGCUGGCUCAUGUGCUGUCUGUGGAUGGGCCUGUGCGGCAGAAACUGGACUCUCUGGCUGGUGAACUCACCAAAGCUGCAGACAAGGAGCUUCAGGUGAUCGUGGACUCAAUGGUGUCUCUCUGUCGCGAGCUCUGCCCUUUAUCUUCUUCUGCGGCCGAGAGACUAAAUCCUCCGCUCUCAUCUGUCUCUGAGCGCGUGUCCAUCCCUCGCUCUGCCAUUCGGACUGCUCUGAUGGAAAGAGCUGCACAGGACAUUCACCGAGCCUUAGAAGAAGUCAAGCUGUUUGUGGUUUCCUAUCUCACCAACUCUAUUGUGGACCAAAUCCUGCAGGAGCUCUACUCCACCCAUAAGACCCUUAACCGGCAGGUGUCUCACCUUAAACGGUGGGAGGAGACAUGUGAGGAUGGGACUGUCUGGAGGUUUAACAGACACAGAGACUCUCUGGACAUCACAGAUGAGGAGCUUGGCACCAGCAUAGACACAAUAGCCAUUAAGAAACGCAGCUCAAGAACAAGACGAAUACGACCUGUCUCCACCAGGCUGAGUCUAGGUGAUGACUCCAGCUCCUCUCCACCUCCCUCUGUGCCAUCGUACUCAUCACCGCUAUCCCCCUCUGUAUCCUGGGAGGGCCUGGCAGAGUUGCCUACGCAGGGUCUACCUCUCCACCAUGUUACACGUGUUCGGCCUAGGCCUCCGCGGAGGCACAAGGGAGGGCAUAUCCCUGCUGAGAUGAACUGUAGCGAAAAUGGAGGAAUAAGCCCUCUUGAUGAUGGACUGCCAGAGUUCUACACCAAAAGAGUCCUUCCCGACAGUGAGCUCUCCUCUCUUCACAAAGUUCACUCUCUGAGGAGAAAGAAGAGGAGAAACAUGCUGGCCAUCUUUGGUUUUCGUAAAAACCGCAACCAAACUCUGUCCAAUCAGGGACCCCAGGAGUCUGAAGCAGAGGUUUAUGGAGACGGGUGUAAUACUGGUGACACUGUACCCUCAGGGACAGCCACAGAGAAUGUAUACACACUCCUCCAGGCUCCAAGAUCUGCUGCCAGAGGUGGAUCUCCCGGUGAAGGGGCUGAUGGGAAAAUGAAUGAUCACCAGGGGAAAAGUGCUCUUGUUUUGAGCCCACCACCAGUUAUGGGCAUCCCUCAUCCAGGUGUGGGAGGAAGCAAGCACCCCUUUUACUCUCCCAAAGAGACAUCUGAAGGAGAUGCUGUUCUUGAUCAGCUGGUGGAAGUGGACAGGUACUGGGCGGAUGACAAACAGAGGACAACAGAGGUCCUGCAAGCAGACAUGCAGUGGAUGGAAGUGAGGCAGAGUGAUCAACAUGUAGAGAGGCAGCAGUUUGAGGACAGGCUCCAAGAAAGAACUUUUGGAGAGCCAAGAAUGACCGAGAGACAGACAGACAGGUACUGGACUGAGAGCAGGCAUCCAGACAGACAUAUGGACAGACAGUGGACUGUUGACAAACACACCCAGCGGCAGAUUGACAGAAAGAUAGAAAAACAGUGGGUAGGAGGCAGACAAAUAGAAAGGUCAUGGUCAGAGAACAGGCCGACCGACAUACUGGUGGACAGUCAGUGGACUGAGGGCAGACAUCCGGGCAGAAAGAUGGAGAGACAAGUGCAGGCUCUUCAUUUGGCUCAACGGCCACUGCCACCAUACCCAUCAGACAGGAUGCCCUCCCCAAAACAGGAAACGGAUCCCCUGAAAAACACCGAGGCAGCAGCUACAGGCUGGCAUCAACAGGACACACAGGGAGACAGACACGCGUGUCCUGACAUUGUUGGUGGCUUUACAGAAGAAUGGAGGAGCAGUGGAGGAGGAAUAGUUCGAGCUGCUGUGUGUGCAUCUAAACCCGACCCCCCAUCCCAAAGCAGCAAGCCCAGCCUGUCCAAACUGAGGCAGAGACAUCAGCAUGAGAGCUCAGAUGCUCUACCAGAUACCGAGGAGGAAGGAGACACAGACAGGGAUCCUGGGAAGGUGGAAAAGAAAGAAAAAGAAAAAAGAAGAGAUUCGGAGGGUCAUCCUCCUCCAGUUCCUGAAAGGGUGGGAAAUAAUAUUGGUCCCAUUUUUCUUAUCUUUCCAAAGGCAUCCUCGUAUGUGGCUUUUUCAAAAGAAUCAGCCAAUGAGAGGAACUUGCCUCCUCCUCCUGUGCCGCCUCCUGUCAGCAGGCCUGUGCAUGGACUACCAGACAGAGCAGCAAGUCAAGGUGAUGAAGGACUCAGACCUCAAGCACCAGUAAAACCACAGAGAAACAGAAAGGCCAUGUCUUGUGAUGCAGGCACUGACAGGGAAAGCCCCAAUAACGUUGAGAAGCCCCCAAAUCGCAAACCCCCUGUGAAAAAACCUAGACUACCCCAAAACAGAAAUAAGUCCCUGGACUUGUCUGAUAGCAUCAACUCAGCACCUGGUCACAGCGAGCUGCUGUGAUGCGAAGGGUUGCCAUGACAACUGUGAAGCAUUUCAUCCAACAAGGAAACAAAGACACACACGAGGAGUGGAGAGAAAAUGUGCAAUAGGCAACAUGACAGACAUAAUUAGUUCUGUUGAAACACUCACAUUUCUUAAUGUCACAGCCUCCCUCUUCACCACCACUGUAUUUUUGUCUUUGCAUAAAAAACUCAAUUUUGUUUGUUUUGUUUUCGUGGAUACAGCAUUUUAACAGCAUUUGCUACUUUAGAAAACCCAAACUAUCACUGUCUUUUGUGUCGGUGGAUGGUGGACUUAGCACUCAGACAUUGUGGCUUUGCUAGACAGAAGAAAAAAUGUCUUUAUUAGAAUGUGAUUUCUUAAAUCUGCAUUUCUGACUGCUGAUACAGUUGACUGCCUUGGUUGACACUUGAAAAUGAGUUGCUUCUUAUCAAAUGAAAUUUGAUGAUUUAUAUCUAGUUUUUGCUUUCAGGAACUGAAAGGUAAUAUAUUUUAUAGAAAAAUAUUAUGUAUGAGCAUCCUCACUGUAUGAAUAAAAACACUAAUGGAAAAACAACUGUGACUAACAUUUUGGUUAAGGGCUACAGCUAACAAUUAGUUUAAUUAAUGAUUGCUGAUUAUUUUGCCAAUGAACUGAAUAACUGAAAUUUGCCUAUAAAUUGUCAAAAAAUUGUGAAAAAUGCCUAUUCGACUUCCCAGAGCUAACAGUAACUUCCUCAAAUUUAGACUGAUCAUCUGUAUAAAUGCCAAAGAUAUUCAGUUUACUCUCAUGUAUGCGUAGUUUGAGAAGCUGGAAUCUAUAACUAUCAUUUAAUUAUCAAGAUAGUUGCUGCCUUGAUGGUCCGUUUUCUGUCGUUAAUCGACUCAGCAUGUGAAGGUCGUUUUUUGACAUGCUUGCUUCCCCCAAGUGGCACAAAUGUGCUACUGCAGGUUCAGAUGUCUCCACCUUAAUACAGUUAUAGCUCGAUGCAUUUAAAACUGCAAAUUGUAUGACUGUAAUCAUUAAUCUGACCAACAUAGUGCUAUGUUUUACCAUAACAAGCAUCCAACUGACUGGUUUGAUUUCUGUGUUCACAGGUGGAUAAAUGUGCUUCGUGCUUUCAUAAAUGCCCUCUCUGGUUGGCAUGGCAACCUCAUACAUGUCAGAAACUGAGAAACAGCAGGGGGCGACUGGUCCCUAUAAAUGAGGCUGCCAGUGGACCUCACAUACACACACACCCAAAUGAUCUGAGUAGAGCAGCACAGUGCAGGUUGUCAUUAGCAACCAUGCCCUGACCUUUUUUCCAAAGAUGCUGUAAUGAGUCAGAUAUGAGAAUAGGCCUACUGCCAUAGAGCAAGGAAAUAUUCACAGUUUGUUGAAAUGGAGAUAAAGGGGCUGGUUUUCCACCUAGUCAGUAAUUUUUAACGAGAAAACAGCCUCUGGGGAAAUGCUAAGGAGUUUUUUAGUUGACUUGAGACUAAUUGCUGUGAUAAAUGUUAAAUAUCACACAUAUAUAUUUUAUAAAUGCAUCUCUGCCAUUAUCAUUCAGCCACCAUUUCCUUGUUAAUUCAUCACUGCAGUUUUCCAGAUAAAAGAUGAUUUAAUAUCCUGUCCUGCAUCCACCCUUACCUCAGGCACUCUGGGCUGUCUCUCUCCUGAAGCAGUUUAACAUCUCAAACUUUGAUCUAUGGUCAGAUUAGAGGCAGCAUAUUGGCAGUCUGUGCAACAGCGACUUCAUAACAGUACAGUGAAAUAUAACCCUAUUGUUGGUUUGAACUUUGGUUUGAAGUGGAGUCCACGGUGGUGAGUUCUCACUUGUAAUAAUAUUCCCCUAAAAUAAAUGGAGUCCACUCUUAACUGAUGAACUCUGGAGAGCAGCAUAG